AUGGAACCAGAGAGCAGAGGGAGCAAGUAUAGCAGGAAGGAGAAAUCUCUGGGCCUCCUCUGCACCAAGUAAGGCCACAUUCGCGGUCUUCGCUCCUGCCCCUCCUUCUUCUAGGCGGAUGAACCUAAGUCCCUUUUUUCUUGUGAGAGACGACUAAAUUCUGUACGCACGUCUGAUAUUUGGAAUCUGCAGUUUCAUGAAUCUGUACGACACGAACGGGGUCGAUUUGGUGUGUCUGGAUGACGCCGCAGGUCGACUUGGCGUCGAGAGGCGCCGCAUAUAUGAUAUCGUGAACGUCUUGGAGAGUGUUGGGGUGGGUUACGUUUUUCGCAUUUGGCUUGUUGUUGUUGGUCGCUGUUGUUUUUACUGAUACGACGGUUUCUUGUGUUGUCUUGCGAUAUUUGCAUGGUCCAUUUCUUUCAGGUUCUUGCUAGGAAGGGCAAAAACCGGUAUACGUGGAUAGGUUUGUGCGGAAUUCCCCAGGCGUUGAAGAAUCUCAAGGUUACAAGUCUCUUAGAGGGAUGUGGGAGGACUAGAGGGUUCUCGACGAUUUUUUUUAUAUUUUCCCAGAUAUUCAUCUUUUCUUUUUCCUUUUUUACCAUUUCUUGCUUAUUGAUAACGUAGGAAGAGGCAAUGAAGGAAACUAACGGCAAUCGAUUACCAAAACCUGCUCCAUUAGUCGAAGUGAGUGAAAAUGGUCGACGUUGUAUGACGGUGUAUUUGUUAAAAUUGGGAGGAUCAAUAUUCGAUGAUGCAAAUUUAAGACCCCUUUCUUUCCGAAUGGUUUGUAAAGUAUCCAGACGAUGAAGCAGAGGAAGACUUAUCUCCACGGAUCACAGGGUUUGGGGAAGAUAGAACUAGCCACAACUCCUCCAUUGCUCUUGGAAGUGUAUAUUCCGAAGGUGGAUCUGGUGAGCCUCCGCUCUCGGUUUUUCUGUCCAAUAUAUCAUUCUGCUAAACACUUAAUUGCGUCUCGUUUCCCUUAAAUUAGAUUAGGAUCGUACUAUGCAUCAAAACUGGGAUCCUUGCGUUCACAUUCGCGUGUAAAUUAUUAACUUAAAAUACAUAAAACGAAGAAAAUUAAAAAACGUGUUUGUAAAAUGUGCUUGUUGUUAUUUUACUCGAAUUUUUCUUCACACUCUUUUGGAUGAUAUUUCUAGGUAUGGAGAACAGAAGAGAGAAGUCCUUGGGUCUGUUUACCCAGAACUUUGUUAAGUUGUUUCUCGUUACUGAUGUAAGGAUCAAUUGACACCAAUCUUGUUUUAUUUUUCCUUAGUUUACGUUUUCUAUGACUGCAUGAGUAUUUUCAAAUUCAUAUAUUUUUAAAAAAAGGCAACAGUAAUCUCUCUUGAUGAAGCUGCAAAAUUGUUGUUCUGUGAUGGUUAUUCAUCUCAAAUAAGAAGUAAGUACAUCUACCUCCUCGUAUUUUAAUUCGAUUUUUCCAUUCACUUAAUUUAGUACUUGUUGUUUUUCUUCCUCAAAGACAAUGUUGCAAAAGUUCGGCGACUUUAUGACAUCGCAAAUGUGCUGUCAUCAUUGUCUCUGAUAGAAAAGGUAACGUUAGUGCCCUUUGUUAUUAACAUCGAAAGGAUAUAUUUGUUAUUUUACUGUUUUUUUAUUACUACAGGCACAUGAUUCUGAAAGCAGAAAACCAGCAUUUAGAUGGCUAGGUUUCAAUGGGAAGCUACAGAAUGCUGUGACAGAGGCUCCUGGUGAAACCUCAAGGCAGUUGAGUAGAAGGACAUUUGGCUCAGACAUCACCAAUAUUGAUACUAAGAAAAAGAAGCCGACGGCAGUGCAGAGAAAAAGUAAUGUUAUAAAGGAACGCAAUCUUACAGUACAGAGACAGCUUCAGACCCCUCCUAGUUAUGUUUUUGGACCAUUCUGUCCUGUUAGGGUUGAUAAAAAGGACAAGGACCCAGAGGUGAUACAUGGGAAAAUGAAUUGUGAUUUGGAGACAUUGACAACUUCCUUUCACCCGCAUUAUCAUAACCAAGGUAUCCUCAUCUUUCACAUGUCAUUCUGUCAUGUUGAAGGUUAUCUUUUCUGUUAUGGACUGUAGUUGUCAUUUGCUCUUUGUAUUAUACUUUUUGAUGGUCACGAUUUUUAAUGUAACCAACUGAUGAUUCAUUCAUCCUUUUCUUCUAUUUUUUCUUGCAUUUUUUACUCAAUUAAUUAGUGCAUUUAUGUUGGGAUGUUGACAUAUCUGUCCUAUAUUUGGAAUAUUACGUGUGGUUUUACAAAAAAUGAAUUAACUGUAAGAGUGUUUGCAAUUUACAUGCCUCACCUACUUGUCUUUUUGCAUUCAAUGAUCAAAGUUGCUAAUGAAAUUCUUCCAUAUAUUCGUCUAUCAAUGACUAAAUUGAAUGUUGAUAAUAUUGUAAAUGAGCAAUCAUUAUCUAUUUUUUGUUGGUUUUUCUUUUGAUUUGCAUUGCACUUCUUGAAAUAAUAUCUACCUUUGGUCAAAUAAAGUUGUUGGCCACUUAAAACCUAUAAGAUUGGUAAAGAAGGAUGAAGAGCUUGUGGAUUUUCAUGAGUAGAAGUAUUUGUGAAAGAAAAUUGUUGAAAACUAAUACAAUAAAUCUUGUUAGGAUAAUCACAUUAAUCUUAACCUUGUUGUUGAUUUUUCUAUACUUUUGAUCUAAAAAGUACAAUGGGUGUUUACACAAGAUUAAGUUUACAUACAAUGGAUGGUGAUAUUCACAUGUUUAUGUACUUCAUUAAGUUGCUAUGGUCACGAGGUUACUGGGAUUCAAUUUGUCUUUGAUAAAUUUUUGGGCAAGCUUAAAUUAUAGUUUUGCAACAAAGUAGUCCUACAAAGGACAAAUAAAUUUUAUCUACCUUGUGAUUUUACUUAAAUGUUAUUGCUGUCAUUCUUGUUUUGAUAGUUACUCGCAUGUUAUAAUUUCCUCAAUGUUAAGUAACAUGAAUGUUUUGAAUUAUUUUUACUUGUGUGAAAGCUAAAUUGGUUCACACUUUUGUAAAUACAUUCUUUUCUAUUAUCUUAAUAUACUUGUAAGGGAUUUUCACUAUUUAUGAGAAUCAAAACUUGUUGAGAAUAUAGGUUUCAUGUGAGAGCCAUCCCCCUUCUAUUUCUCUCUUCCCCCUCUCUAUCCAUAAAUCAAUGUAUCUUCACUUCAAUUAUUUUAGUUGUAAACAAUCCCUUUUUCUUUUUCUUUUUUCAGUUUCCUAUCUAAUGUUUCUUAUCUCACAUAGCUUUGAGUGAUCUUUUUGCCCACUACGUGGAAGCAUGGGAGUCAUGGUAUUUUGAGGUUGCUCACGGAGUUAGCGAUCUUUCAAAGAAGUUAUGA